AUGGCUAAGGUUCACUUCAUUCUGCCACGCAGCGUAGAUCGCUUCCGUCCCUUUGCCCAGCUCCCCUACGAUAUCCGGUACCAAAUCUGGGACGGCAUCAUCUUGACACCUGGCAUUCACUUCCUGAAGCUCGUCGCCAGCAACAGCUUGGAUUCGGCAAUAACAUCGGGCGCUUCGCUCGAUAUAGCCACAACCAAAGCGUUCGCAAACAGCUUCUCUGCCGUCCUCCAGCCAUUGGGCUUCUCAAGUAUCCAGGCCGAUAAAUCCUACUACGAUAAAUCCUACUAUCACGUCAAGACCAAGACGCUCGCCCAGCUAUCUGCUGCUUGUAAAGAAGCAAAGCACCUAGUCGACCAGGCCCUCUCGAGAGCAGGAAAUCUGACCAUCAACACUCCCCGAGAAAAAACACUGGUUCUUCUGGAGAGAUCGUCAGACAUCGUGUGUAUCGACUAUCCUCACACAGCAUACACCAGCCGACUGGAGAACUGGGCCAAUAGCCUGGAUUUGGAGCAGCUGGCAAGGAUUCGCAGGCUGGGAAUCCGCUAUACGACCGAUUGGGACGGUGCGAGUCCCCGUCUAUGCCGCAAAUGCGGCCAUGUACACCGCACACGUCAUCGGCGCUUACCGGUACCUCGGCAUAUAUGCGAAUUCGCUGCUCUGUUCAGAAACCUGGAGACGUUCUAUUUCGUCGAUUACCUUGCGGUUCGAUCAGUGAAGGGUUUGUCCCACAUUGGGGAGCAAUUUGCGAGUGGCGAUGCACGCAGAACGUAUUACGAGGUCGACCAAGCUUGCAAAAUCAACACGGGCGUAUACGAGACGCUGGACUGGGUCCAAGAGAACUACGUCACCUACUGCCGCCGCAGCCAAGGGUCCAAGGGUUCUACCAACCCAGAGAGAGUCCAGUUCAAGGUACUCGCGUGCGAAUGGACUGCAGACCCGAAACACACCUCGGGAGCUUCGAGCGCAGACCCGAACCCAACCUCGAGAGCUGCGUUCCAUGAGAAACGACGAUCGACAGCCCGUAUACGAGACCUGACAGCGGCUUUUCAGGAUUUGCGACUAAAUGGGGACGCUGGUCCGAUGGGUGCCGAGGGGAUACGGAUGCCCGUCGCUUUUGGGGAUGGAGGCAGAUCCAAGUUCGAGUUCACGUUCAGGGCAUGGCUUUGA